CAACCUCGGCAACCCGCACGAGAUCACCAUCAUGGAGCUUGCGACGACCAUUAUCCGCAUGACUGGCUCGGACUCCAAGCUCAUCUACAUGGAAUCGCCUGGCGACGAUCCAAAGCGCCGCAAGCCGGAUACGACGUUGGCCAAGCAGCACCUUGGCUGGGAGCCACGCGUGGCGCUCGAGGCUGGCUUGAUGCAGACGAUCGAGUAUUUCCGCGGCUUGGACAUGCGCUACUACCGCAAGCCGACGCCUCACACGGCUCACAAGAGCAGCGACAAGGACAAGGCGCUGCGCGCGUAGUUUCUUAUCCCAAGGCGGCGUGAGAAAAAGCGGGGUCCAGUCCCGUGUCAAAGUACGCAAUGCUCUCUGUCUAGGCAAGUACUGUAUUUGCGCACAUAACAUGUAUUUUGCGUCCUGGCUGCAUGCUGCAAGCGAAGUCGAAGCGCCUUCAUGAAAUGGUUUUGCUGGGUGUUUUUAGCCGCGUUGGCGGUUUUCAGUCGGCCCAAUCGACUACACGACGCGGAUGCCGGUUGC